AUGCCUCACGUAAUCGAAACAGAAACCGCUCAAAAGUCAUUUUACCAUGAGAUGACCUUGAAGGAAUCCCUCAUCGCACGACACUCAAGUCGCGCCUUUCUUCCAACUCCAGUCUCAGAAUCUAUUAUUCAAUCUACUCUAGACCUUGCUCGCUUCGCCCCCUCAAAUUCAAACAUCCAACCUCAUCGUCUUUUCCUUCUCACAGGCGAGCCUCUCGAAAACCUCAGAACUAAGUUAUUCGCCGCCGCCUCACAGUCGACCCCUAACAUUCCUCCUCUCCCUACCGAAUACACUCACUACCGCUCCGAACUUGGGCUGCAAGUCUAUGGCGAAGGGAUGGGUAUUCCACGAUCCGAUUUGAAAGCUCGAAAUGCGGCCGUUCUUCGUAACUAUCGGUUUUUCGAUGCACCAGUAGGGGCAAUCGUGUGCAUCGAUAAAUGCCUGACGAAUGCCGACCGAGUGAGUGUCGGUAUGUGGUUACAGAGUUGGUUAUUGGCGCUUACGGAGAGAGGAGUCGGCACAUGUGUACAAGUUUGUCAAACAGGAUAUCCUGAAGUGGCGAGGAGGGAAUGUGGGAUCGGCGACGAUCUGGAGAUAUUGGUGGCGGUCUCAAUCGGGUAUGAGGAUCCUGAAUUCAAGGCUAAUCGGUUGAGGAUUGGGAGAGAAGAUGCUAUGAAAUAUGUUACCUAUAUCCAAUAG